ACCACCAUCAUCAUCCAUUCAUCACCGUCUUAUUCAUUCCAAAUCAUCAAUUGGAAAAGAUUGCGACUGUCUCUGGCUGCCUUCGUCAGUGACUUGUCCGACAACUCUUUUCCAACUACCAUCCUCAAUCUUGGUGAUGGAGCAAUCGAGGUACUGGUGUCACAUGUGCUCUCAAACAGUCAAUCCCAUCACGGAUAGUGAAGCCAUGAAAUGCCCUGUUUGUGGCAGCGGCUUCCUCGAAGAGGAAAUCUCCGAAUCCAACGACCGCACCCUCUCCCUCUGGGCCCCUAUCUUGCUCGGCAUGAUGGCAACCCCCAUCCGCCCCCGUCCCUUGAUGGAGACGGAGACGGAGGCUGAGGAUGAUGCUCAGCUCACGACCAGGCGGAGGUCGAGGACCUCAGCCGCCUUUCUGCAGUUCCUCCAAAGCAUCCGAGCUGGAAUGCUGGCUGAUCAUCAUAAUCAGGAGAGGGAAGCACAAGCACAGCGUGUCAUCUUGAUCAACCCCUUGAACCACACCAUCGUGCUUCAGGGGGACCGUCCCCCCUUUGCCUCUCUCGGCGACUAUUUCAUUGGCCCGGGUCUUGACUUGCUGCUGCAGCACUUGUCCGAGAAUGAUCCCAACCGGUAUGGCACUCUGCCUGCGCAGAAAGAGGUGGUCGACGCCCUCCCCUCUGUCACCAUCCACGAGCCGAUGCAGUGUGCUGUUUGUUUGGACGACUGUGACGAGGGGGCUCACCUUAAGGAGAUGCCUUGUAAACAUAAGUUCCAUGAAAUGUGUAUCGGGCCCUGGCUUGACCUGCAUAGCUCUUGCCCCGUCUGUAGGUAUCAGCUACCAGCUGAUGACUCUAAGCUUGUCACUCAUAAUAGCACUCCAGAUAAUAGGAUAAGUGACAAUGGGAGACGAUUCUCUGUUCCGCUUUUCUGGCCUUUCACCGCUUUGGUUCAAUCGCACGAUGCACCAGCACCUCCAUCUGCAACUGAGGAUCAUGACAACUGAGUAUUUUGCUUGUCAUCAUACAUAAUAUACGUAUACACUCGUAUUGUUCGAUUAUAGGAUAGAUCAAUUACUACUUAGGCUGUUUCUGUUUCAGCCAACUCUCAACUUCAUCUGCAUUGGGUAUUUGGUGAUAUGACAACAGCAUUAUUUACAUUUA